AUGUCGGACGAGGUUUACGAAGGUGCCAUCGGCAUCGAUCUCGGUACUACCUACUCCUGCGUUGCCAACUACGAGGGCACAAAUGUCGAGAUCAUCGCCAACGAGCAAGGAAGCUUCACUACCCCUUCGUUCGUCUCCUUCACCGAUGAAGAACGUCUCAUUGGCGAGGCUGCGAAGAAUCAGGCGGCCAUGAAUCCCGCGAAUACCAUCUUCGAUGUCAAGCGACUGAUCGGGCGACGAUUCGAUGAUCCGACUGUCAAGAAGGAUAUUGAAUCAUGGCCAUUCAAGGUUGUUGAUCAGGGUGGCAAUCCCAUGGUGCAAGUUGAAUACUUGAAGGAGACCAAGACCUUCUCUCCACAAGAAAUCUCCUCCAUGGUACUCAUGAAGAUGAAGGAAGUCGCAGAAACCAAACUCGGCAAAAAGGUCUCCAAGGCUGUUAUCACUGUUCCCGCCUACUUCAACGACAAUCAAAGACAAGCCACCAAGGAUGCCGGUGCCAUUGCCGGUCUCAACGUUCUCCGCAUCAUCAACGAGCCUACCGCGGCUGCUAUUGCCUACGGUCUCGGUUCUGGCAAGUCUGACAAGGAACGAAACGUUCUGAUCUAUGAUCUCGGUGGUGGCACUUUCGAUGUCUCCCUCUUGAACAUUCAAGGUGGUGUUUUCACUGUCAAGGCUACCGCAGGUGAUACCCACCUGGGAGGACAGGAUUUCGAUACCAACCUCCUUGAGCAUUUCAAGAAGGAGUUCCAAAGAAAGACCAAGAAAGAUCUUUCUGGGGACUCUCGUGCUCUCCGGAGACUUCGUACUGCUUGCGAACGCGCGAAGAGAACGUUGUCUAACGGUACUCAAACUACGAUCGAGAUUGAUUCACUUUUCGACGGCGAAGACUUCCACGCCCAGAUCACCCGUGCUCGUUUCGAAGACCUCAAUGCAAAGGCUUUCAGUGGAACCCUGGAGCCCGUCCAACAAGUCCUCAAAGACGCCAACAUUGACAAGUCCAAGGUGGACGAAAUUGUCCUCGUUGGGGGCUCUACUCGUAUUCCUCGUAUUCAAAAACUUCUCAGCGAUUUCUUCGAUGGCAAGAAGUUGGAGAAGAGCAUCAACCCUGAUGAAGCCGUUGCUUACGGCGCUGCUGUCCAAGCUGGUAUUCUUUCCGGCAAGGCUGCUUCCGCCGAAACCGCUGACCUCCUCUUGCUCGAUGUCGUCCCUCUCUCCCUUGGUGUCGCUAUGGAAGGCAAUAUUUUCGCCCCUGUCGUUCCUCGUGGUCAAACCGUCCCUACCAUCAAGAAGCGAACUUUUACUACUGUUGUCGACAACCAGCAAACCGUUCAAUUCCCUGUCUAUCAAGGUGAACGAACGAAUUGUGAGGACAACACUUCCCUUGGUGAAUUCACUCUUGCUCCUAUCCCACCCAUGAAAGCGGGUGACGCAGCCCUCGAGGUGGUUUUCGAAGUUGACGUCAAUGGCAUCCUCAAGGUCACAGCAACCGAGAAAUCAUCCGGCCGAAGUGCCAACAUUACCAUCUCCAAUGCCGUCGGCAAGCUCUCUACCUCUGAAAUCGAAAAGAUGGUUGAAGAUGCUGCCAAAUUCAAGACUAGCGACGAAGCCUUCACCAAGAAAUUUGAGGCCAAGCAACAACUCGAGUCAUAUAUCGGCCGUGUUGAGGAGUUAAUCUCGGAUCCUGGCUUAUCAAUGAAGAUGAAGCGUGGAAACAAGGCCAAGAUUGAGGAGGCCCUUAGUGAUGCCAUGCAACAACUCGAGGUUGAAGACUCGUCUCCUGAUGACCUGAAGAAAAAAGAAUUGGCCUUGAAAAGGGCCAUGACCAAGGCUAUGGCUACGAGAUAA